CCAACCAAAUGGUGCCAAAUCUAGCAAUUUCUCCCCACUCCACCCAGAAGAAAACCGUGAAGAAAUUCUCCGGAGAGAAAAAAUCCAAUCUUUUCUCCCCCGAGCACACAUCCCUGUCCGGAAUAAUGCUCCCACGCGAAUUCCUAACAUCUCACCAUCUCUUCCUCAUAUCCACAAGCCAGCGUAUGGGUGAUGUGUUCUUGAUGAUCCCCAAGGACGGACCUGUCCGGCGAAUCUACAAAGUGGUGAGUAGGAAAUUGUGGUAAAAAAUCCCCCUUUUGCCGAUGGUUUCGGAGGAUUGCUGUUCUGGGGAGAAGUUUUGAUCUCGCCGGCCUGUUUUGUGUGAGCCCGUGAAGCUUCGAACCCCAGAGAAUUUCUCGCCUCUUCGCAUGCGGAGAGUUGCAAGCUUGUAAAAAACUACUGUUGAUUGAUCUGAAGUCUGAACCCAUGGAGACCAGAACAAAUGAGUAUUCCCGUAAGGGGGCAAUGUGGGAGCUGGAAAGGAAUCUUGAUCAACCCAUGGAUGCAGAGGCUGGAAGACUCAGGAAUAUGUACAGAGAAAAGACCUAUCCAACAAUUUUACUGCUACGGCUAGCUUUCCAAAGCCUUGGUGUGGUAUUUGGAGACUUAGGCACAUCACCUCUAUAUGUUUUCUACAAUAUCUUUCCUCAUGGAAUAGAAGAUACAGAACAAGUUAUUGGAGCACUCUCUCUUAUAAUUUACUCCCUUACACUCAUUCCACUUGUUAAAUAUGUUUUCAUUGUCUUGAGAGCAAAUGACAAUGGCCAAGGAGGAACAUUUGCCCUUUAUUCACUGCUUUGCCGUCAUGCAAAGAUAAAUAUUAUUCCAAAUCAACAUAGAACCGAUCAAGAUCUAACAACAUACAGUCGCCGCACAUAUGAAGAAAAGUCUCUUGCUGCCAAAAUCCAAAGAUGGUUAGAGGGGCACCAAUUCAGAAAGAAUUUAAUUCUUAUUCUUGUACUAUUUGGAACUUGUAUGGCUGUUGGAGAUGGAAUACUCACUCCUGCCAUAUCAGUUCUUUCUGCGACUGGUGGAAUACAAGUUGAAGAAGGCAGAAUGAGAAAUGAUGUGGUUGUAAUUAUCUCCGUGCUGAUAUUGAUUGGACUGUUCAGCAUGCAGCACUAUGGUACUGAUAAAGUCAGCUGGCUCUUUGCACCAAUAGUAUUUGUUUGGUUCAUACUCAUUGGGAUUCUUGGUGCUGUAAACAUUUGCAAAUAUGACCAUUCAGUUCUUAAGGCUUUCAAUCCUGUCUAUGUAUAUCGUUACUUUAAACGAGGGAAGACUAGUUGGACUUCUUUAGGUGGAAUUAUGCUCAGCAUAACAGGCACAGAAGCAUUGUUUGCUGACCUUUCGUAUUUUCCUGUACAAGCUAUUCAGAUUGCUUUCACUGUGGUUGUGUUCCCAUGCCUUCUUCUGCAAUAUACUGGUCAGGCUGCGUUUAUAGCUGCAAACACAAACCAAGUCAGCCAUGCCUUCUAUAUCUCCCUUCCAGCUCCUAUACUUUGGCCAGCAUUUGCCGUUGCAACAGCAGCUGCAAUAGUUGCUAGUCAGGCCACUAUAUCUGCAACAUAUUCGAUUAUCAAGCAAGCACUUGCCCUAGGGUGCUUUCCCCGAGUGAAGAUCAUCCAUACUUCCAAGAAGUAUCUCGGCCAGAUAUACAGCCCUGAUAUUAACUGGAUCCUCAUGGUUUUCUGCAUAGCUGUCACUGCAGGGUUCAAAAACCAAUCCCAGAUUGCAAAUGCAUAUGGUACUGCUGUGAUCAUGGUUAUGCUUGUGACAACAUUUCUGAUGAUCCCCAUCAUGCUGCUGGUGUGGCGAAGCCAUUGGACCCUGGUCGUCGCCUUCACCGUGCUGUCAUUGCUUGUGGAGAUCCCCUACUUCUCGGCCGUCGUGCGCAAGAUCGAUCAGGGAGGAUGGGUUCCGCUGGUUUUCGCGGCAGGCUUCAUGAUCAUCAUGUAUGUCUGGCACUACGGCACCCUGAAGCGGUACGAGUUUGAGAUGCACAGCAAGGUGUCCAUGGCCUGGAUCCUGGGGCUUGGUCCGAGCCUUGGCCUUGUCAGGGUCCCCGGCAUUGGCCUGGUCUACACCGAGCUCGCCAGCGGUGUUCCUCACAUCUUCUCGCACUUCAUCACCAACCUCCCGGCGAUCCACUCGACGCUGGUGUUCGUCUGCGUCAAGUACCUCCCGGUGUACACCGUGCCACCGGAUGAGAGGUUCCUGGUGAAGCGGAUCGGCCCCAAGAACUUCCACAUGUUCCGGUGCGUGGCGCGGUACGGGUACAAGGACAUCCACAAGAAGGAUGACGACUUCGAGAAGAUGUUGUUCGAUAGCCUGAUUCUGUUCGUGAGGCUGGAGAGCAUGAUGGAGGAGUACAGCGACUCCGACGAGUACAGCACCCUGAUGAUGAGCCUCCCAAAUAACCCAGGGAUCAGCAAUGGCGGCGUGACCACCACCGGCACCAACAAUGUCAUGGAGGUGAUGAGCUGCACGUCGACCCAUGACUCCAUUGUGCCGGUGAACUCCAGGUCCGACGACACGGGCAGCAGCCAGGUGAUGCCGGCGUCGGGGCAGAUGGCGUUCCAGAGCGUCGGCGACGAGAUCGCGUUCCUGAACGCGUGCAGGGACGCCGGGGUGGUGCACAUCCUCGGGAACACGGUGAUCAGAGCUCGCAGGGAUUCAGGGUUCGUCAAGAAGAUUGUCAUCAACUACAUGUAUGCUUUCCUGAGGAAGAUCUGCAGGGAGAACAGUGCCAUCUUCAAUGUGCCUCAUGAGAGCAUGCUCAAUGUUGGGCAGGUUUUCUACGUGUAAUGUAAUCUUAGUAGCACUAGAUUGUAAACUAAACAUGCAUGUGAUUGUAUCAUUCAGACCGACUUGGGAAAGUGAUUUCAUCCCUCGAGGGGAUAUUCCCUCGUUUUAUGCAUGCCA